AUGGAAAGUCAAAGAGAAGAGCGGGUAAACGAUGAAUACUUGGAAACCACAUAUAGACCAAAAGCAUGGGUAAUUCAAAAGAUUGAAUCAAUGAUUGAAAAAUUGUUAUUCGAUAUCGCAAAUAAACGUCCUCCCGUAAUAAAUUCCGUGUCAAAUAAAAAACGAAAAGAAUAUCAUUCUAGAUACGAUUCUAAAAGUGGCAUUUUACGAAGAAAAAAUAAUGAUUUGAGUAAUAAACAAAUUCGAUUUUUAUCACCAAAGACGUCGAAAACUUUUGCUAUCAUGAUUCGUAUACUUGAUAUUUGCCACGAGCUUUUAGUUCAAAACGCAACUGCUACUAAGCGUGAUAUUUAUUAUAAAGAUGUUAAAUUAUUCGGUAAUCCACAAACUGUUGAUAUGAUAAUAGAUGAAUUGGCGUGUCUUUUUCGAAUUCCAAGGUCCUGUUUAAAUGUUAUUGCUUCUUCUAAAGGAUUAGUGGCUGGUCCUUUGAAAUUAUUUCAAAACGAUAGAAUAGUAUUGGAUUGUUUACCAAUUAAUGAUCAGGAUAUUGCCACACGCCAAUUAGUUAAAAAAUUGGGUGACUUACGAAGACCGUAUGAAACGUGCCCAUUUCUUCAAAUAUUGGGCUUUUUCGACAACGACCCAUACGGAAUAGAAAUCCUUUGCGUCUAUAAAUUUGGAUCUUCGGCCAAAUCAUUUGAUAAUGAAAAUUUAGCAACUCCUAGUAUAAAAUGGCUCGGAUUACAUUAUUCAGACCGGAAAAAGAUUCCGAGUAGUUCGUUAAUCAAAAUCACUUUAACUGAUAGAAAGAAAGCGUACAAUUUAUUACAGCGCGAUUAUCUUCAAGUCGAAUGGAGGUAG